GUGAAAUCUGAAAGUGACAGUUUAUUACACAAAUCGCAAGAACGCGAAAGGAAGGUCUCGUGGUGGGCGUGGCCAACUCUUGGUUUGGUUGCAUCGCAGCGCAUACACAAUGGCUGCUGGAAAGAGGGGAAAGCAAACAAUUUUUAGGCCCGCCGCGUCCAGCAAAAAAUAUGAGAAAAAAAUUAUUAAAAAUCCGGAAAAUAGUUGAAGGUCAAGUAAAAUACCACAGAAAGGAUGUUAACGCUCUCACGGGCCUUGUGUCUCCGCUGUGUUGAAGAUUUGGGCUGUCACUCUCUCUCUGUGCUGGGACACAUCACUCGUGUCCACCACAUGGCUUGUUGUCGCUAAGUUUCCAUGGCAACGGUACCUUCAAACGACUGCCCCACCAUGGCAGAACAUUGUCGAGUGAGGAAGAGGAGAGUAGAGGGGAAAGUGAGGAAGAACUUCUCCUGUCAGUUGUGUGAGAAGGCCUUCAACAGCUUGGAGAAGCUGAAGGUACACUCAUACUCCCACACAGGGGAAAGGCCGUAUCACUGCACACAAACUGACUGCACCAAGGCCUUCGUCUCCAAGUAUAAACUCUUAAGGCACAUGGCCACACACUCUCCAGAAAAGACACACAAGUGCAGCUACUGCGAGAAGAUGUUCCACCGUAAAGAUCACCUGAAGAACCACCUUCACACACACGACCCCAACAAGGAGGCUUUCAGCUGCACAGAAUGUGGCAAGAGCUACAAUACCAAACUAGGCUUUCGAAGGCACCAAGCCCUUCACGCCGCACACCGUGGAGACCUCACCUGCCAGGUGUGUCUGCAGUCAUAUCCAAGCACUCCCCAACUGCUGGAGCACCUCCGUGGGCAUGCAGGAAAAAGUGCUUCAACAACUAAGGAAAAGCGACAUCAGUGUGAGCACUGCGAAAGGUGUUUUUACACCCGUAAGGAUGUGCGACGCCACUUGGUUGUGCAUACAGGACGUAAGGACUUCCUUUGCCAGUACUGUGCACAACGAUUCGGCCGUAAGGACCAUCUUACCCGCCAUGUUAAGAAAAGCCACACUCAUGAGUUGCUGAGUGUUAAGGCAGAGCCUGUAGAUUCAAUGGAGUCACAAUCCUCGCCAACAUCUGGGCCUCUCUCUCUAAGGUAUCCAAUAGGUCAUGCUUCUUACUCGCCACCGCCGCCACUGAGGGCAGAGAUUGAAAGUUAUCUCCUAGAGCUACAGGCUGAAGAUACACCCAAGCUGAGUGCUUCUACAAUGGUGACUGGAGAGACGACACCAUCCCUGGACUUCCUGUCCCCACUGUUUAAUUUUCUUCCUUACAACCAAGGGGCAGGGCCUACUUUGGGAGUGGCUUACAGCCAGGAGGAGGGGCUACUGACCACUCCUAUGCAAGACACACCAGAGCAUCUUAGACUCUUUCACACAAUCACACAUUCACACACAUUGGCACAAACCAAUGCACGUACACCGAGUUAUACACAGCAGCCAUCUCUGAAUACAAUCACCACCCUGCCUCGCUUCCACCAAGCCUUCCAGUAACCCAAAUACAUUCACACACUUAACAUUUUUGUAGCACUUAUUAAAACACUCGUAUAUUUAUUAUCAACUUAGCCCUUAAUCAAAUUUAUACAAGCAUAGAGUCUCUUAAAUCUUGGCAAAGCAGCAGUCUAUUUCCUCAAGCCAGUACCACAUUUUUAAGGAAAGUCUUGAGGACAGUAUCACACUUUUGGUUUUCCAUCUAGAGGUGUUUGAACAAUUAUUUUGGAUGGAGGAUGGAGGAUGCCAGUCAACUGACAAAUAUAACUGAACAUUUAAUACAUGGCUAUGUGAUUUUAUAAGAACAGAGUUCGGCUCAGUGUGCAGUUAUGUUUCGCUUUCAGAAUGCUGGUAGAGAGAGAGAGAUUAACACUUUUAACUCAUUAACACUUUAAACUUCUAGUUCAGCAAAGCUAAAAGAUAUUUUGUUUAAUGUUGUUUCCAUCUCGUCGUUUAAUGUAAGGCUCAUAAACUGUUGGGUUCUGAACUACCAACAUUUUAAUGACUUUGUAUUUACAGCCAAAGGAAUCCAAAACCUUCCUAUUUAAACAACAAAAAAGAAAGGUUCAUCUCUUCAUUUUUUUUUAUUAUUAUUAUCUUUUUUUUUAUUUAUUUUUUAUAGCUUUUUACCAUCAUGCUGCUGCUCGUUGUAAGGGCCUCAAAGGAUACCAGUGCAGGAAUGCUUAACAAUUUACAUCAACAAAGGGAAAGAAAGACGAAGACUCUUUCUCUCACCCACACAUGCUCACACCCUUUUUACUUCAUUCAACCUCAUCCACCAAAAUGCUGGCUAUUGCACUGAUCAAAGCUGACGAUGAAAGAAACAUUCAUAUCAGUUUUUGCUGUCUCGGUUUAAGCUCACAGCUUAUAUAACUCCAAAAGACAAAAUGCAGUCUGUGACUGUGUCCAUUAUACUGACUUCUCUACAGUUUACCUGGAUAUAAGCUGAGGAUGUAGUUGAUCUUGGAAUCAAAUCUAUUUAAGUUUGUAAUUAAAAUAAACGUUAUUCACACUGACAGUGAUUUACAGAGCAAAGAUUUUCCAUUUCAAUUAGAGUUGACAAUUUGAGGUGACACAAGUGACCUCAACUUUAUGCAAAUGGCCAGUUAAUAAAUGAAGAUGACAUCACUUAUACGGUCUGACGCUGGACAGAGAAGUUUAGAAGGAAUGCCUGCUAGUAACCCACAGUACAGCAAGUGGUUGAUCUCCCAAUGUAACUGCUGUCAGUUUGAAUGCGUCUUCCUCUGUAGACAUCCUCUAAAGACGGAUGUGUGUGUGUAUAGGUAUUUGGACAGAGUGUUGACUAAAUGUCUGUUUGGUGGGUUUCGAUUUACUUCAUCGGAAGCUGAAGGUUGUUAAAAGCUUAAAAAUUCAGAGAACCUCCGUUUGGGGCAUAUAUUUCAUGAUAGCACUUUUAGAAAAAUAAUAUGCCUUUUUUUUGUGAAAGUAAAUAGUAUAGAUGUCAUAUGUAACUUUUAAAAGAUUUUAAGCAUACAUACGAAAUGCUAUAUGUGUGAUAUUUUUACAGGUACACUUAAUACAGUUUCUGUUUUUGUUUUGCUUUAUUGCACAAAAUAUCUAAUUAUCAGUGUCUCAAUUGAGGUGUCAGCCACACAAAGAAGAAAGAUCAAUUCCAGCAAGAUUCCUUUAACAAGCACUUACAGUACAUUUAAGGUUUCUGAUAGCUUCAAUAUUGACAAAAUUAUGUAGAUUUAGGUGGCCCACUACCAUGAGAUCAUCUGAAUGAGUGAUAUCAUUCAUUUAUAUUGCUGCUGAAUCAUGGACUUAAUAUUGCUAAUCUAUAGGAUUACUCGAAAAUAAAACUUUAUCAUUGGGAGCCACAAACUCUCCUGUUCAAAGUCAUUGGUACAAUUACAACGCAAAGUGUGUGAGCAACACUCCUGCAAUAAAUCUGAUGGAUAAUGCUGCUAAUGUAGAGUGUGUAGCCCCCGGUGGUGCAACCAAAUUUGUCUCCUCAUCCCCAACCAACAUUUCAAGCUGUGUUUUAGUGUGUGUAUGUGUGUCGGAGUUGGGGGUUAUGUGAGCCAUAUUGUUAACAUGUUUGUAAUAUGGUGCAUAUGACACAAAACAUGAAUGUCACCACAGCAUGGGGAAGGCCGUGGAGGUACUGACCUAUUGUCAAAGAUAGAUGAUAAGGAUAGAUGAAAAAGACAGACAGCAUUUCAGCCAUUUAUGUGUGUCAUGUGUGCUUUAAUGCCAUUCUGUGUUAAUGGCCUGUUAUUGCUAAUCAUGUUUAUUUUACUUUAAUGUAUUUUACAAACUACUGUUGUACACGUAUAGCCUAAGACAGACAGAAUCCUAUAUAUCCUUAUGUUUGAAUGUGUGUUAUGCAUUUGUCUCCGUCAUGAGAGCCUGCUGCCACAGCUAACUAUUAAUUUGUCUCCUACUGAGAACAUCAUCCAAAGAGAAAGAUAUUUAUUCACUGACUAGCUGAGUCAGGUGUGUGUUAAGGAAGGCAGGCUGUCGGCAGUUGUGCAUGUUUCUGAUGAAAAACAAUGUGUGUUUGUGUGUAUGUUUAGACGACCUUUGCUGCUAUAUGAGGAGAGGAGAGAUUUGGUCCAGUGUUAAUACUGUCCACAGUAAUGAGUGAUCAAUAAACACAAUAAAGACUCACUUUA